AAAAAAAAAAAAGGCAGAUAGAAUGGCAACAUCCCUGAGCACACCGAAGCUAAGCACCACCUUCACCUUCACCUUCGCUUCCCCAACGCUCCAAACCCUCUGCAAAAGAUUCCCUGUCUUUGUCUCUCCUCACUCUUCUGGCCCUCUGUCAGACACCAAAGCCCUAGACUCUCUCUCACAUCGCCGCCAAUCUUUCUCUCGCUACCGUCGAUUCAGCACUCGAGCUGAGUCCACUAAUGGAGCGGAGCCACCGAGCCACUACGAUUUCGACCUCUUCACCAUCGGCGCCGGCAGCGGUGGAGUUAGGGCUUCGCGUUUCGCUGCCAAUUUCGGCGCUUCCGUUGCCGUUUGCGAACUUCCUUUCGCCACUAUAUCUUCCGACAACACUGGAGGUGUUGGUGGGACGUGUGUACUUCGCGGAUGUGUACCUAAGAAACUACUUGUGUUUGCCUCCAAAUAUUCUCAUGAAUUUGAGGAGAGCAACGGUUUUGGAUGGACUUAUGAAACUGAACCCAAGCAUGAUUGGAGCACCCUGAUGUCUAAUAAGAAUGCUGAGUUGCAACGGCUUACUGGUAUCUACAAGAACAUUCUGAAAAAUGCUGGUGUCACACUAAUUGAAGGGCGUGGAAAGAUUGUCGAUCCACACACAGUGGAUGUUGAUGGAAAACUCUACUCAACAAAGAACAUCCUAAUUUCUGUAGGGGGCCGCCCCUUCAUUCCCAAAAUUCCUGGAAGUGAAUAUGCUAUCGAUUCAGAUGCUGCCCUUGAUUUGCCAUCAAAACCUAAAAAAAUUGCUAUAAUUGGGGGCGGGUACAUUGCAGUUGAGUUUGCAGGCAUCUUCAAUGGUUUGACCAGUGAGGUCCAUGUAUUCAUACGACAAAAGCAGGUUUUAAGAGGCUUUGAUGAGGAGAUUAGGGAUUUUGUUGGAGAACAGAUGGCUUUACGAGGAAUCGAGUUCCAUACAGAGGAGUCACCUCAAGCUAUUGUCAAAUCAGCAGACGGUUUGCUGGCCUUGAAGACUAACAAAGGAACAGUUGAAGGUUUCUCACAUAUCAUGUUUGCGACAGGACGCAGGCCUAACACAAAGAAUCUAGGAUUGGAGGCAGCCGGGGUAAAAAUGAAAGAGAAUGGAGCAAUAGAGGUUGAUGAAUAUUCCCGUACAUCAGCUCCAUCAAUUUGGGCGGUUGGAGAUGUGACCGAUAGAGUGAACUUAACACCAGUUGCUUUGAUGGAGGGAGUGGCAUUGGCAAAAACUCUGUUUGCAAAUGAACCAACGAAACCAGACUAUAGGGCCAUACCAUCUGCCGUGUUUUCCCAGCCACCUAUUGGACAAGUUGGUCUUACUGAAGAACAGGCUAUCAAAGAAUAUGGUGAUGUUGAUAUUUACACAGCCAACUUCAGGCCCUUAAAGGCUGCUCUGUCUGGCCUCCCUGACCUGAUUUUUAUGAAACUACUAGUAUGUGCAAAGUCAAACAAAGUUCUGGGGUUGCACAUGUGCGGAGAGGAUUCAGCAGAAAUUGUGCAGGGAUUUGCAGUUGCUGUGAAAGCUGGCUUGACAAAGGCAGACUUCGAUGUCACUGUGGGUAUCCACCCUACAUCAGCAGAGGAGCUCGUCACAAUGAGGACUCCUACCCGGAAGGUUAGGAGCAGUCCAUCUGAGGGGAAGUCAUAUUCUGAAGUUAAAUCUGCUGCAGGAGUUUAAAAUGAGUUAUGUCAGAACAACCUGCCAUUUUAGGCUCACCAGGUGGAGAAUUGGAAGUCAAUUCCUGUGAAUCAAAUACUUUAUGGAAACUCAUUUUCAGAGACAACAGCAAUGGAGCAUUCUCAAGCAAGCGCAGGAAAGGUUUCAAGUUGGGACCAGUGACGAGAUUUUGUAAAGAGAAGAAGUCUUGAGAAUUAUUUGUUCUGAAAUCUUCAGUAAUUCUGCAGUUACCAAGAUGAGUGAUUGUUGCUUUCAAAACCGUCAUAUAGUACGUUAUUAUUAUUAUUAUUUUUUUGAUGAACAUACUUUGUACAGAAGGAUUAGAAACCACACAUUUUAGCCACAGAUACCCAAUAUUUAUUGUGAUAGUUUCUAUAUAAGACUGUCGAAAAGAUGAUUUUACCGUUAAAUCUGUCAUUUUCGAGCGAAAACUGUUUCGGAUCUUCAAGCUAACUACUUUGUC